AUGUUUUGUUUUGAUGUUGUUCUUGGACUCAUGGAAGAGGAACAAUUUCCUCUUAUAAGAACGUUCUCCAUUUCGGCAGAAUGUUAUGCUUUAUAUGAUACAAAGGCAAUAAAACAAAGAGGUUUUUUGGCAGGUUUUCCAUCAUUAAAAGAUUCUGCAAAAUUGCAAUCAAAUGCUGAGAUGCCAUGA